AUGCCUCUUCGGCAAAGAUUGAAAAAUGCUAGAAACACCUUCCGGAACUUAUUCUCGGAUGAAAAUGUCACAGGAACUCCUUCUGUUACUCACAGCACACACUCUGAUACGAACACUCUUUCGGCAGAGUCUGACCUAGCUCUUGUCGAUGGUAACCAACAGCCGGGCCCAUCUCAACCUAGAAACACCUCUGAUAUCCAUGGCUGGCAAAAUUCUUCCCAGGUAUUUGAUGUUGCCCAACAGCAUAAUCCAGACACAAUAGGAUCAAUUUCUGGCGCUCCUACCACAAGUUCUCAAAUGAGAACUACCGUCGAGAUAACGCCAUAUUUAGCUGCGCCCAAGGCACAAGCUAUUGAAUGUACGGAUCCGGGCACCUCACCUACCACAAUCGACGACGAUAAAUCAAUCAUUCACGUAGAAAUUCCUACGUCGGCGGCUCCUGCGACUUUCAAUACAGUGAGAACUAAGCGGAAAGGUGUGAAAGAAUUUGCAAGGCUGCUGAGACCAGCGACGGAGGUGUUUGGACCGAUCAAACAAAUAGUUGAUACGUUUGUAGAAUACGUUGACAUAUACGAGAUGGCCGAGGCGAGCCAAACAGAAUACGAUGAACUUCAGAUGCGGUUGGAGAAAUUACUCGAAGAUCUUCAAAGAUAUUUCGGCGAGGGUUCCUCGAUUAUUAUGACAUCCAGUAUGGACAACUUGUGCAAUCGAAAUUCGGGCAAGCGGUAUCUUGAGGCAAAGAAUGAGGUGGAUACGAUUUUAGCUUGCUAUCGGCGGAUGGAGAGGCACUUGCACCGGCUGACGUUAAACGCAAAUCUAUCAAUGUGGAAGAUGGCAGAAGAUCAAAUGACUGGGACUCGUUUCGAUCGAAUGUCCUCUGCCAUUGACCGGCUCUCGCCUUCGCUCUCGGCCAGGUACAAAUCAGCUGAAGGGGCAGACCUCAAACGUAGAGAAUGCACUCCUGGAACUCGGAUCAAGGUGCUUGCCGAAGUGCUCAACUGGACUCGAGGUGAUGGGAGAGGUGUGUACUGGCUGAAUGGCAUGGCUGGUACCGGCAAAACCACGAUCGCAUAUAGCCUCUGCCUCGAGCUGGACUCCUCCCAUAGACUAGCAGCAAGCUUCUUCUGCUCUCGUACACUACCCGAGUGCAGAGAUGUGAACCUCAUUGUCUCAACAAUUGCCUAUCAACUUGCUCGGUUCUCUCGCCCGUUCCACUCCGUCUUAUCGACUGCACUGAGAAAGGAUCCGGACUUGCACAGGACUCUACCACAUCUUCAGUUUGAGGAGUUGAUCAUUAAGCCUCUUAAAGAAGCUGAGAGUGCGCUACCUGAAGGGUUGGUCGUCGUGCUGGAUGCCCUGGAUGAAUGCGACAACCAACAAAGCACUGGAUGUAUGCUGGAUGUACUACUCAGCAAGGCAGCGGGCCUACCGAUCAAGUUCGUUGUACUAAGCCGGCCAGAACCGAAGAUCCGUGACCAAAUGACUCAUGAACGGAUAAAGUUACGGCUAGUACUGCAUGAAAUCAAUAAGGACGAAGUGCAGACGGAUAUAGAGACGUACCUACGGACAGAGCUAAUUCGGAUGAAGCCGUCAGAGGCUCAUAUUGCGUCGUUGGUUAAAAAGGCGGGAGCGCUAUUUAUAUACGCGGCAACGGCGGUACCGUACAUUGGAUACGACAACUUCCAGAGCGAUCCUGAUGGUCGGCUGCGCACGAUUUUGAGUGCAUCACGAUAUGAAGAUGAUGGAGAGCAUAGAGAGAUCGAUCAGCUAUACACCACCAUACUCGAAGCUGCACUCGGCGAUCAACACCUUCGUAAGAUCGAACGGGACAGUAUCCGCCAGGUUUUACACACUGUGAUAUGUGUACGCGAGCCUCUCACGGUUUCUGGUUUAUGCGAGCUCUUGCAAAUGGCUAGCGUCGAUCGGGUACGAGCAGCGCUUCGGCCGCUGUGGUCGGUGGUCCACGUGGUAGGCUCGGACGAGCUGGUGACUACGCUGCAUGUAUCGUUUCCUGACUUUAUGUUUAACCUGACGCGGUCCAAAGCAUACCACUGCGACUUUACUACACAUCAUCAAAUACUUAGCGAGAAGUGCUUGGAACUUAUCAAGAGGACACACCCGCAGUUCAACAUCUGUGGACUAGAGUCUUCAUACCUAGCAGACGAUGAUGUGCCGAACAUUGAAGAGCGGGUGGCGGCGGCAAUCCCGUUGGACCUGCUCGGAUUUUCGGCUGAUGGGACCCGAGUUCUCGCCGCAUUUUUUAUUGAGCACAGUGGUGUCGAAGUUGUGGGGUGGGGAACGGAUAGCGGAGCCAUAGUACUUGGGCCACUCUAUGUUAAAAGCGAAAUCACAUUUACCAAUCCGCUUUGGUUCUCUGUCGACCUUAUGCGAGUUAUGAUGGUAUUGAAUGAUGGACAUAUAUGGGUGUUCAAUACCGAAACUGGAGGUCUGUUGCUUCGUUUCCACCCUCAAGGCGAGCUUGGUACUCCGAAACUUUCACCGAGCGGUGGCCUACUUGCAGCUGUGGUAUCUGACUUGGUGAAGGUGUGGGACACUCAGAACGGGGAUGUGGUCCAUUGUUUGGCUCCACUGGAUACCACUAGCUCAACAGACCUGCUUUUAUUUUCCCCUGAUGAUUCUCGCGUAAUCGGUGCUAGUAGUGUUACGAAUAGUGUAUGUGCUUGGGAUACGCAAACUGGAAAUACGGUGCUCGCUACGCUCCAGGGAAAUCCCGGGGCGAUCUGGUUGAUCGAGUGCUCGCCCAAUGGAAGGCAUAUUGCCAUCGCAGACUAUGGGCAUGCAAUAUAUGUAUGGGACUCGGAAACUGGCGAGCUGGUGCGGGCCUCUCGAAGGACACACAUCCUUUGCAGGCUUAUGUGUGUAUGGGAUGUCCAAUUUCAUACUCCAAGGGCUGGUGCAUGCGACGCGCUAUCCGAGCACAUGACAUCGGUGAAACUCUCAUCCAAUGGCGCGCAAUUCGUGUCUGGCUCUGUAGACGGGACACUAUGCAUUUGGAACACCUAUACUGGAGAUAUGGAGGCGGGACCCAUCAAGGUUCAUACGGGACGAAUUUUGGCGGUUGACUUCCUGGAUAAUCGCAUUGUAUCGGGGAGCAGUGGAGGGAGAAUGUGUGUGUGGGAUAUUGUGAGAAGGGAGAUAGUGCUGGGUCCAAUCAACAUAUACUUUGACAAGCCAAUUCAAACGGUCCAGUACUCAGUUGAUGGCAAUCUCAUCCUUACCGAAGGAUUCCAAGGAGAAAUCGACACCUGGGAGGCUCACUCUGGCUCGCAUGUGCUUACUCUAGUAUCGAGUUCUAGUUUUCAUAGGCGUUCGCGAAGUCCCCGAUUCUCUCCUGAUUGUACUUGUGUAAUAAUCGACCUGGAUGGCCACUUGGAAGUAAAGGACGCGACUAAUGCCCAAACACUGCUUACAAUUGCAUCUCUCAGUCAUAACUAUCCGCCACAGUGCGCGGUUGCGUAUUCGCCUAAUGGCGCCUUCAUCGCCGCACGUGUGGGCGGAGAGGAUGACCUAAUCACUAUGAUAUUGAUCUUCGACGCACACACCGGCGCAACAGCUCAAUCGCUCUUUCUUCAUAGGCCCUGUGGUGUAAUCCGCUCCAUAAGUUUCUCUCCGGAUAGCACCCGCCUUUUAUCUAGCUCCGGUGAAGAAAUAUUGAUAUGGGAUACUCGGACAGGAGAAAUAGUGGUCGAAAUACCUCACGGUCAUAAUCAUUGGAUUGAUUCGGCCGAUUACUCGCCAGAUGGCAUUCAUGUCUUGUCACAUUCUCCCGACGAUAUGAGUAUACAUGUACAUGAUGCUCGAAGUGCGGAAGAAAGGGUGCGCCAAAGUCUAGCUGUUUGCUGA